AGGAGAAAUUAGGAGAUUAAAAAUAACAAGAUGGCUUCCGUGGAGCUUUCACAAGUUUAUGUGCCUGUAGCGAAUUACUGUGUCCAGAUGAUGAACUCUCUUAACGAGUUCCGGAAACACAAUAUCUUGUGCGAAGUAGUGAUUGUGGUUAAUGGAAAACAAUUUUUCGCUCAUCGGAAUGUUUUGGCGGCGAGUAGUCCCUAUUUCCGGGAGAUGUUUUCGAGUAACAUGCGUGAGCAUUUGGAAAACAAGCCAGUGAUUCUGGAAAACAUCACUGCAGAAAUAAUGGAAGAGUUGUUAAAUUUUAUCUACACCGGAAGCAUCAAGAUUACUCCCUUUAACGUCAAGGAUUUUGUUUCCGCUUCAAAUUAUCUCUUGAUGACGAACUUGAAGGAAACUUGUAUAUCAUUUAUGAAAGCCAUGUUAAAUCCCUCGAAUUGCCUGGGUAUCGAAGCAGCUGCAUUUAAAUUCAAUUGUACUGCUCUACGAAGCACAGCUAGUCAAUACGUUUACGAUAAUUUUGUGGCUGUCUCGCAAACGGAUGAAUUUAAGUUGCUCUCUGCCGACCGCUUAGCAGAAUAUCUUGGCAGUGAUGACAUUCGAGUCGAACGCGAAGAACAAGUAUUCGAAUGUCUGAUGCAAUGGAUAAACCAUGAUAUAGAAGUUCGUAGAGGCUUUUUUAAAAUACUUUCACAACAUGUUCGUUUUCCGCUCAUGUCUCCCUAUUACUUAGCGGAUCAUGUUGAAACUGAAGAGAUCGUACUUUCAUCUCCGGAAUGCACAUCGUUGAUUCUAGAAGCAAAGAACUACCACAUGCUUCCAGAUCGCAGACACCUGAUCAAAGGUUCUAGAACCAAACCUAGAAGAUCUAUGGGGGUAAUUUCUGUUAUAUUUGCUGCCGGAGGAAUUCAAGGAUCGACAGUAAUGAGGGACACUUUUGGGUUUUUCCCUGCAGCAAAUAGAUGGAGUCCUUUAGCGCACAUGAUCAUCGCGCGAUGUAGACACGGAUUAGCAGUUACUGGAGACAUGGUAUAUGCCGUGGGUGGUCAGUCACGAGAAGGUGCUGCCCAGAGUUCUCUGAACUCAGUGGAAAGAUAUGAUCCAAGAACAAACACAUGGACAAUGGUUGCACCCAUGAAUAUGAGGCGCAGUCUGCUCAAUGUUGCAGUACUUGACGGAAAUAUGUAUGCUGUGGGUGGCUGUGAUGAGAGUAACUUCCGACUCAACAGUGUGGAACGUUACCACCCAGCAACAAACACUUGGUCAUUUACAGCACCCAUGACCACUUGUCGCAGCAGUCCAUGUGUGUUGACAUGCCGUGUACUGUAUGUGAUUGGUGGAGUAAGCUAUGUUGGAAUGUCACUUAACACUGGAGAGUAUCUUGACCCCAUGACAAACACGUGGAGGGCAAUUGCCCCCAUGCAUUACAAGCGAGCAAGCGCAUCAGGAGCAGCAACAAAUGGAAAGAUCUACAUCAUUGGUGGCUGGGACGGUUCUGUUCACCUGAAUAGUGGUGAGGUGUAUGACCCUGAUAUAGACCAGUGGUCCUUGAUUGAACCUGCUAGCACUGCCAGAUGGGAUGCUGGGAUAGCUGUAGAGAGUGACAAAAUCUUCAUUGUUGGGGGAUGUGACAGGAAUGCACUUUGCACUUUGGAAACAGAGUGCUAUGACCCUGAGAAAGACAAAUGGAGUAAGGUGGCAUCCCUGCCAGUUGCAACACAUGGAAUUAAGUGUUGUACCAUCCAGCUUCCACAUAAAUUUGCAUAGCUAUCUCAGUAUGUGCAGUCUGUCACUCAAUCCUGUAACUUGUAAGAUCUGAUUAGUAUUUUAUUUCUCCUUCCUGGCAGCUGUAUGCUUCCUGGUAAAUUUUUUAAGGGAAUUUGACAUUGUAUCAAGAUGGUACUUUUGCGAACAAAAAGGUUAAAAACUACACAAGGCAUGUACAGAAGUAGGUGUACAUGAAGGAUAUGAUAUAUUUCACUGAGGCAAAUUGUUAUCUCAGCAAUGACAAUGGUUGAUUGGCCAGCAGGAAAUACAUAACUAUGUUGUAUAUUCAGGUGAGGGUAGGCAAGUGGUUGUUACGUGCUAAGGAAGGGGCCCCUCUGGACACUUAUCUCCUCCUUGCCCCCCUUUCUACUUUGGCCUCACAAUUAGCUCUGUUCCCCCACAAUUAAAAAUGCACCUCUUCUGCUACAACAUAUGCACUUAUGUGAAAAUUGAACAAUAAUGACCUGAGACUUGGUUCUCAACCCUGAUUGUAUAGAUUUGAUACCAUUAACCUAUGGAGUUGAAAUGUUAGCUAUGAAUAACAGUUGUUUGUGGGACACAAGUUGUUCAUACUCAUUUUAUUACAGGGUGUCCAAUUUACUGAAAAUUGAUGUAGCAUGUUGAUUUGGAACAUGUCUGAUAUUUGUAGCUCCAUAGAAAUUUUAUUUACUGGAGAUAUUUGGAGUCUUUUGCAAACAG